CGCCAGGCCAUGGGCCAGCUCCAGCUCGUGCACCAAACGCGAUCAUCGGCGUCACCGUUUCCUGAUCGGAUGGCGGUGCUGACCAAAGUCUUACCGCGCAGGGGCCCUGGCAUGAGGAAUGGCACAGCUGUGGCGCUAUCUGCACUCCUCCUUCGGAGUUCGCCAUCACGUAUAGUUGUGGAUCAUGGGCACGAACAUCCAAGUGGAGUUACGAAUGUGUCCAUGUCUUUUCGACCUGUCCCAGGUGGUGGGGAAGAAGACCUGUAUAAGAUUAGGGCGACGGAUGCGAUGGUGGACCUGGAAGUAAAAUCCCUCAUGAUGGACGGGUGGAGGUGGACGCGUCCAUGGUCGACGUGCAAAGCUUGUCUUCAGGCGCGAACAUGGUGGUCAUGACCCUUUGGGCGGAGGCGGGGCUGGUCCCGGGCAGCUUCGGGGAGAAGUUAAACGGCCGCGGCGCUGGCCAGGUCAUGGGGAUCCCUCCCCUGCUUCAGGCGCUCUCCCCGCGGUGCCACACUCCCCAUUCCAAUCGGAAGCGGCUGAGCCCAUCCCAAUGCAUUUUGCGACCAGAGCUGACGCGGUGCUGUACGAACCUGGCGUGGAGAAUUUGGGUGGUGAUUCGCAUCCCGGGGAGGGCGGUCCUGGAGCUGGUUCUCACGUGCUUCGGGAUGGUCUUCAUGGGGAUGCUGAUCGUCGGGGAACUCUUCCUCAGGGUGGCGACCUCGACUGGGCCUUGGCUGAGGGCUGAGGGGCUACACGGCCCCUGCACGAAGCUGGUCGGUUUCGGGAUGACGCACAAGAGGAUGUGAUUGAUUUGGUGCAGUAUGGCUAUGGUGACGAGGCCAUCUUGACACUAGUGAGCUGACUGGUGUGGGUGAUAUCCGUGUGGAGUUUGAUUGGGAUCUUCGUAAGGAGCCGAAGCUUCGGGUGGAGCCAGCCAGUGAUCUUCGGGUUGGGCCUGAUCUAUCUGUGGGUUCUCUGGAGUUUGAUCUUCGUGCGGAGCUUGAUGGUGCCCUCUGUCAGAAGCGCACUGCUGCUGAUGGCGCCGACGAUUCCGCUGGCGCCUGCGAUGACGGCGGGAGCUCUCUGUUUCAGGAAUGUCUAUAUGCCGCAGUGGAGACUGCACACAUGCGGCGUCCGAGUGCCCGCGCCACCAUGCGCUUGCUGACCUUCGACAGGCUGUUCCCGCUGCUAGAGGUUUGCGUUCUAGCGCGCCGUCGAUUGAGGACGUAGUUGGUAUUUACAUGCGAAGUUGUGCGAGGAAGGGCACAUGCAGCAACAUUUCCCCUCUCGAAAAUGAGGUGCGCAUCUAGGGGCUCCGCUCGCGCACUGGACUCACUGGGCACAUCUGUAGGGCUUGCUGCCACCUUCCACAUCGGCGUGGCCCCGCGUCACAGGAGGGGGCGCGGCACUCUGUGCUGGUUGGUGAGCUUACGGGCCCGAUCUCGUUUUCUGCCCCGGGCCUGGCUUUUGCAUUUUAAGCUGAUCGUGGGCGUCAUUGAGAAGGGUCUUGUCUCGCGUGCCCCUUCAUGGCGUUGUGGCACGCCCUCCUUGGCAGUGUCUCUGUCAGGGAUCUUCUGUAGCGGUG